AUGGCCAGCCAGCAAGAGGCAGAGAGACUUAUACGGGAGUUUACUGGAGAAUACAAGGUAGAAGAGAACGUCUACGAAAGUGGCAGAAAGCUCUUGCGUGAGCUGCUUCUGUACAUCGACGCGAGGUUUUUUAUUAAUGCUAUCGAUCGCAAGGAACAUCCAUACGUCUCUUUCAAGAUACACCCCAGUCACAUUGACGUUGAGUUUAAUGACGAUGGCUUUACAAAAAGCGAUUUGGAACAUUUAUGCAGGCCUUUUACGACAGUAAGGCAAAGCACUAGCAGACCUGGCCUCAAUUCUGUCAUCAAAUCAACAGCUAAGAUUUAUAUCCACUCAGGGAAUUUCUCACUGGACUUGCGUCUCACUACCAGUGAGGGGAAAAUAAGGCCUACUUGGGUAUCACCAUCUGUCCCAUUACCAGAUGAGCGAACGCACAUGGUCAUUUACUUUCACGACUAUGGCACCGAGGAAGAUGUCGCACGACUCAAGCACGUUAUUCUGGCCCAGUUUGAGAACUUAAAAGCUGAAUGUUUACUAUUUAUCAAACAUCUCUGGCGCAUGACUGUUGAGUUCUAUGACAGAGGCGGUGAGCUCCGUCACUCAAAACAAUUCCGGAAACUAUUUUGGGGACCCAACCGUCUAUCACUCAAAAGUGCCAUCAAAGGCCAGGGUGAAGCACGGGAAGAAAGCCAAUGGUAUCACGUAACGAGCCAGCAGACCGGCGGCGGAAGGGAUGUUACGUUGGCAUUCCCUCUGACCGAGAAAGGGAAACCUUCAAUAGGCACUGGAAAGAAAGAUAUCUCCAACGUUUUGGCUUGCGGGAAUUCAGAUUACAGCUUUCUGAUCGACGGUGACUUUGAGGUCACCUGCCAACAACAGAAUUUUGAGUCUUCGUCGCCAAUGAACAACUCAAUUCAUAUUUGGGUCACAGCAGCAUUCUUGCAAGCCAUUUCUGAGUUUCGCAACCUCCCGAAUCUUUGUUAUGAAUGGCCAUUAUUCCUCCCACCAAUCGGUCACGAGAUGCCACUCAGCCGAGAAAUCCGAGAUAUGGUUCAGAGGAACCUCUUGGUGAAGGUCCAUAAUCAACCAGUCUUGCGAUGCAUGAACGAGAUAAGACUCAUACCUGACUACUUCAAAGACGAGAAAGGGCAGCCGUUACUUGCACUUGCUGCAGAAAACUUGCUUUUGUCACCGGCCUAUCCUGAACGCGUCGUGCAGGUCUUCGAAGAGCACGGUGCAAAGAUCAUUGAGGACGAGACUCUUUUGAGGCUUUGGAAGUGUGAUAUGAGAAAUCAGAAACCCAAGAUGCAUCAGAAAGACACUACUGAAGAGUGGCAUGCAAGAAUGGCGCGAUUCCUUCUCCAGUUUUCGAAAACCUCAACCUUUAACGAUUGUAGGGUCAAGUCCGAAGCAGUUGUGCCUCUGAAAAAUGGAGCAUGGGCGUCUAUGCUAUUCGGUCCGAUUUUCUUUCCACACACUGGAGAUAUUUCCAUUCCCGAGUCCGUCGAUUUGAGGAUAGUAGCGCCCUCAGCUACUCGAGAUCCUGAUCGGUAUACUCUAUUCAAAUAUCUUGGGGUUACUGAGCCCUCCCUCGACAUUGCCAGGAAGUCAGUUCUCAAUAGCCUGGUCGCAUCGGAUACUAUCCCUCUCAAACUUGUCAACGACUGUCUGCAAUAUCUCUACCUCACGCAUGAAGCCAGCGGCUGGACGCGGGACCGUUACGAUGAAGUUAUCGUUCUCACAACAGACUCAACCGUUGCGAGGCCACAAUCUAACACUAAGGCAAUUUAUCUACCAGGCAAGGGUCACCUGUUCAGUCCAGAAAACCUUCUGGGGCCUGCAAAGUCAGAAUCUUCUCUUUCUUUCUCUUUCUUACAUCCUGAAAUUCUGAGCUAUGUGCCAACUCAGGGCAACUCUUCACGCAUCAGUUGGAAGAGAUGGCUUUGCGACUACGUCGGUUUGAGGGAAGACAUCUGCCUCAAGUCAGAUGAGACAGGAAAAUUAUCGUCUGAUUUGCUUCAUAUCGUAAGUCAAAAUCCAGAAAAGCUUCUGGACCUUCUUGAAUAUCUUCUGUCUAAAGGUGAAGUGGAGUUAUCAAGCGAGUCUGCUAUCAAGUCCGAGAUUCGACAACUGUCUGCAAGUGAUCUUUGCGAUGUUGAAUUCACGAUUGAGCUACAAGAUACUUGGCUUCCUCUCAAAACUCUCACAGAUAUAGUUGAGUCCUACAUGGAACAACCCGGACAGUUCCCUUUUCUCAGAUACAUUGAAGACGAUAAUGGAGGCAUCAGCACAAAGUGGAAUUUCCUAUCUGAGCAUCGUCUUGUUGGUAAAGAAGACAAUCUCGAUUUUCGUCUCGAGAUCUUGCGCUCAAUCUGUCGCUCAGAUCCUGUGAAGGAUCCUAUUGGUCAACUUCAGAAAGUCCUGGAUUUAUACGUCUCUAUAUAUGGCAAACUCACUGAUUCCGAAGAGAUGACGAGCAGCAAAGAGAGGCUCAAGAACUUUUUCGAUGAAUCCGGCAUCGUCUACUUCAAUGGCGAAGAACUUGAGUGGACGAGUUCUUCGAUUUGUUUGUGGGACGCACCACCAGACAUGGUCACAAGGUACUCGCUCAAGUCCUGUUACGAGUUACAAGGCUCAAUCGUUCAAGUUGGAAGUGCUCUCCAGAACAUUUUUAUCAAAACACUCGGUAUACAGAAUGCUAGUCUUGAGCAUAUGGUGGAGGAGUUGAAUGAGCUACGCAUUAGCAAUGAUGAGGAUCCUACGAGAAUUCUCCGGAUCUAUGAAUUCUUGAACACGAAUAUUCCCUCGUCUCAAGACAUAAGGACUUUAUUUGAGAGCUCACCGCUUAUCUUCAUCCCCGACGGCCCAUACACAGGAUGGCACACAUCAACUGAAGUCCUAUGGUCUAGCAACACGGACCUAUGCGGCAUGGGAACCCUCGACAAUACAUAUGAAUCAAUUCGUAAUUUCUUCGUCGAUAAGCUUGGAAUUAAGUCUUUAUCACUACGAAUACUUUACGACCGCCUGAUCAAUUCUCCCAAAUGCAAGCCACAGCAGAUGAAAGAGGCCAUUUUCAUCUUGAAUGACUUUCUACGAAGCGAACCAGUGUUCCUGGAUCCGCAACCUGUUAGAAAUGCUGAAAUAUUUCCUGUCAGAGAUCCUGAUGGAAGAGUCUCCCUCAGAUCUCUAGAAAAGGAUUUUGCCAUUCGAGAUAAUGACAUUUUAUGGACCAUUUUCGAGAGGCAUAUCAGUCUUCUUGACUUCAACCUUCGGGAGUUCUAUCGUCUAAAGCCUUUCUUUGGAUGGCUAAAACUUGAGAGUCGCUAUUUGUCUAAAUGUGUCCGUGAGGACGCGACGGUCUUUGCUACAGAGAAAGGUCUCUUCGAAGCACCUGCAGUUCCAAUUCCUUAUAAGAAGCGAAACUUGAAAGCCAUGGCCCGCUAUAUCACUCGGGUUGCGGCGAAUUUCGAUAGCCCGUACUGUCGCUCUGGGAUCAAAGCCUUUCACAAGCAUCUAUGCGAGAUUGAAUGUGUACAAGUAUGGAGGAUAAAUACCUUCUUCAUUCUACAACAGAAUGGCGAGACCUUUAUAUCGGAGAGUCAGAUAUCUAAGGCACAUAUUGCAGAACCUGAUGGGAGACUCAGGAUCUAUGUUCCCAUGGAUCCCGCAUCACAGGAUGUCUGCUUCCGCUCAGUAUUGCCCAGAAAGUUCGCAACAUGGAUCAUGCAGGAUCCCGAAAGUAGCGACCGACCUCACGUUGACAUUGAGAUGGUUAAUGCACUGACUGCCAUCUUGGCCAGCGAGGCGACAUCUCUCGACGAGAUCCUUGAUGAACUAGGUAUUGCCAGAAUUUCGUAUGAUGGCCUCAGCGACGAUGGAGAUGAAGCCACGAGACAGAGGAUAUCAUUCAAAAAUGUCGUUGAACGGCCCCGAAAGGCAGACUCGCCGUCGUUUGGUGUCCCCGUCAGCAACUGA